UCUCUUAGGCGUCGAGGAGUUAAACGAACUACUCGGCGCGUAAGAGAUUGAAACCCUCAGGCUUUUCAGUUUCGUCACUCAUCGGACAGAUUAUUAGCUUGGUUGGAAUAAAAAUGUUUCUAAAUAUGAAUACGGGGAGAGAGACGCUCAUAUUAAGUGUGGAAAAAGAGGGAACGAGUCGAGUGUGUUGUCUGUGGGGAACGGCGGCGUUUCUUAACGAAGCGUCGUCUGCUUCGUCAGUCCUGCUGGGCUUCGCGAUCAUGUAGAUAAACCGCGGCAGUACUGGUCUAGUCUGUACCUGAUUAAUCACUUGCGAUAAUCUUCAGUGCAAUAAAAUGUUCUUUUCGGGAAUCAAAAGCAGAGGCCAGUGACAGUGUUCAUGUGAUGAACCGGUCCAAAGUUUAAUUCGUUCACUUCAGUCACCUUAAUGUCUCUUGCGCUGCACACUAGUGACAUUUCUAUACAAAAAAACCCAUGAGAUGUGAAGAUACAAACUCACUGUGGCGCCUGUUAGGUUUUUUUAUUUUUGUUUUUAUUUCUUCAAAUAUUGUCAUUUUCAGUUUGCUGAAAUACACUGUGGCUACCUGCAAAGUUUAAUAUUUUUUAAAAUAGUACUUGGAGAUGACUACUGAGUGAUUAGUGAAUUUACCAAUAAUAUUGCACUUUAGUUAUUUAGUUGGCAAUAUUAUUGCAGUGUUUGGCAAUAUAGCAAUAUACUGUAAGUAUGUACUAAUGAUAUCAACAUUAGUCUUAUCCAGGGUAAAACAACAGGUGUUUUGUAAAGGCCCCAUAGGGUUUAGAAAUGCACCGUGUUGUUUAUGCAUGUUCUUACAAAAUGAAUUUGCAUUUUGACACCUGCUAACGUGUCUCUGGAUGUGGGCAUGGUUUGUGUUUCAACUGGACAGUGAAGUUUGGCUUGAGGCCAAAGCCCUAUCACCCAGGUGACGCGAGACACAGGGAAACAGUUGCAGGGGCGACGUGUAUCGGAGCUUCACGGAGCUGUGCGUUGGCAUUCCGGAGAUAACUGCCUGUGUCUUUCUGUUUACACCCAUUUCCAUACAGAAAGUAUAUGGACAUUUCCAUGGAUGCACAAACAAACACUAACAAACCUUUUAGAAGAAAUGAAGUGUUUCCUGCACCAGAACCUUCCACGGUACCCGUACCACCAGGCUACGUGCCUCCAAAUGCACUUGUGCUAAUGCCGGUUCCACAGCGGCCCCCUGGCUGCCCUCCAGGACUCGAGUACCUGACACAGAUUGACCAGCUGCUUGUUCACCAGAAGGUCGAGCUUGCGGAAGUUAUGCUUGGCUGGGAGAUGAACAACAAGUAUGUGGUGAAGAACAGCCUUGGUCAACAGGUCUUCUUUGUGGUAGAGGAGAACGACUGUUGCAACAGGAACUGCUGCGGACCCAUGCGUUCCUUUGUCCUACACGUUCAGGAUAACUUUGGCCAGGAAAUUCUUACCCUCACUCGCCCUCUCAAGUGCAGCAGCUGCUGCUUCCCCUGCUGCCUGCAGCAGCUGGAGGUGCAGGGCCCCCCUGGGAACACUAUUGGAUUCAUUGUUCAGGACUGGCACUUUUAUCUUCCAAAAUUCACCAUCCAGAAUGAGAGAAAGGAGCCCGUGCUAAAAGUUGUUGGUCCGUGCUGUGACUGCAAGUGCUGUUCUGAUGUGAAUUUUGAGGUAAUAUCCUUGGAUGAAACAUCAAAUGUGGGCAGAAUCUCCAAGCAGUGGACAGGUGUUCUGCGAGAAAUGUACACAGAUGCAGACAAUUUUGGAAUCAAGUUCCCCAUGGAUUUAGAUGUGAAAAUUAAAGCUGUCCUUCUAGGGGCCUGUUUCCUCAUUGAUUUUAUGUUUUUCGAACAUAACAACUAAUGAAAUGCCCACCAGAAAUGUUAUCACUGUCUGAAAUGAUCUUUAAAUCAUUCUUAAGGAGGCACAAAACAACACUGAGACUACCAAAUUUUCUUGCUUUUUACUUGCUGUACAAAGUUAAGUGCCUGUUACUGCUGUUUUUGUUGUUUUUACUGCUGACAUUUAAGGGGAAAGUGCAGAUCAGUGGGGUUAUUAAAGGAUCAAAGAACUGAAUAGUGUCUAUAAUGUAAUAUGUAAUAUACAGUAUAUAAUAUAUGCCUAGUGCCUGCCAUCUGUAGUAAUAUUAGUUUUACGCAAGAGGGCACUAGAACCUUCAUAUAGAUUUGAGGCACAAUAAUUGUUAUGUGUAACACAAUAGCUCUGCCAGUAGUGCUGGUUACUCACAGUCCCCUCACUGUGCAUUUGGACAUAGGUUCAGUCCUCUCAGUCUCUGCAGAGUUUGCAUGUUCUUUUCUUGUACAUAUGGGUUUCCUCAAGCAAUCCAAAGACAUGUUUCGGGUGAAUUGGUCACUCUGAAUUUCUCAUUGUGUAUUUGAAAAAACAGCAAUUUAAAUGUGUUGUAAAUUUCAGUGGUAACACCACAGUUUGUCGUAGCAGUUUAGGCAGGUGAAUACUUUCUACACCCACUAUGUAUAUGUAAGUAUGUGUUAUAUCUGUGUACCUGUAUCCGUAUCUGUGUGUGUGUGUGAUUGCCCUGUGAUGGACUAGUGGCCUGUUCACAGUGUGUCCUGCCUUGUGCCCUUUGUUUUCAAUAUAGGCUCUGGACCACCACUGCUCUGCAUUAGGACCAGCGGUUAUUAGAAUGAAUGAGUCAACUAGUCAUUGAAUCAAAGCCAAGUGUAAAACACUAUUUAGGAUGGAAGACAUUCCAUUAAAAAGCCCUCUUACACACUUACACGCACAGACAUGCAUAUUUACUCACUAUAGGCAGUUCAGAGGGAGGAAACUGAAGUACGCAGACAAACAAAAGAGGAACAGACAAACUCCACAGACAACUAGUGCCUUAUUUGCACCCAAAAAAUUCAGAUUACUGAUUGUACUGCUGGGACAUGCGCACAUGUAUAGUUUGUAAUUGAGCAAAUUGAAGGUAUAGUUUUAAGCACAAGUUUUAAA